AUGAAAAUAGCAUCGGUAGCGUUAAGGUUAUCGAACAUUCACAACAGAAGAUUACCUCUCAACUUUUAUCGAUACCAUAUGAAAACCUUCGCUACUUCGCCGAUAGCCCAACGCGGACCGAUUAAACGCGCAAAGACGUGGGACAGUAAGGAGCUUUGUCAGCUUCUUUCAGACUCUGAUGGAUGGGAUGAUUUAAUCGACAGUCCUGUGAAACAACCUGUGGAAACACUCGGGCAGUCCAGGUUUGAAAUGAGCCCAUGCCGCAUCAAAGAGCAGGACGAAGACGAUGAUGACGAUGAUAUAUUACUAUUAUCUGAAAACUGGGUUCAAAAGAGAGGCAAGACAUGCGACAUCAACUCCACGCAUCGCGUCAAUUCCGUACCACAAACAAAAGACACAACGGCAUUAACCUCAAGCCAUAGCAAACAGCUGGAUCAGUUUCUCAGGCGCGCUUCAUCCAAGAGAGAUCCUACUGUAGAGUUACCUAAAACAAGUUUUUUUAAGCUCACAGAACCGAAACCUGUCAAAGAUGCACUAUACGCCCCAGCUGUUCGAACAGCACAGAGCGGGAAUACUGAACAAAACUUAAAAUCCGAGGCCGAAGAACCUUUCAGCUCCAUCCUUAACCAGCCGACAGCUGGUAGCCAACUUAGUACAUCCCCUUCUUUUGAGGAUCCUGAUUGUCCUCCUCUCUCGCUUUCCAUGGAAGAAGAAGAGGAGGGGAGUGUGACCAAUGGCCGCAAGCGGUCUUCAGUGCGUUCAAGAAAUCAUGAACUAGUAUUCUUGACACAAAAAGCUGAACGCGAGGGCUCAGAAGAGCUUGCUUCCCGGACCAAUAGUACACUGACCAAAAAGUUGGUUCAAGGUCUUGUUUUGAGCGAAGAACAGGAAUCAGUGAUAGAACUUGCAAAAGAGCGCUAUAACAUAUUUUAUACAGGAAGUGCGGGCACAGGAAAAUCGGUCUUGUUACGAGUCCUCAUCAAAACUUUGAGAAGAAUGUACGGACCAGGCAGUGUAGCGGUCACGGCUUCAACAGGGCUUGCUGCCUGUAACAUCGGCGGCAUUACUGUCCACUCUUUUGCAGGAUUUGGGCUAGGAAAUGGAGAUUCUAAAAUACUCUUGAAGAAAGUUCGCAGAUCAAAAAAGCACGUCAAACGCUGGGCGUCUAUCAAGGCUUUGGUCAUUGAUGAAGUCUCUAUGAUUGACGGCGACCUCUUGGAUAAACUUGACUAUGUUGCAAGAAGCAUACGGAAGGACCAAUCUCCAUUUGGUGGAAUUCAGGUUAUUUUAUCUGGAGACUUCUUUCAAUUACCGCCCGUCAACAAGAAUCAAGGUAUCGAAACAAAAUUUGCUUUCCAUGCAGAUGCCUGGAAAGAAGCUAUAGACGCCACAAUUAUGCUUCAAAAGGUUUUUAGGCAGCAGGGAGAUAGCGAGUUUGUUGAGAUGUUGAACGAAAUGAGAAUGGGUAAAAUAUCACUCGAAACAGAGUUAGAAUUCAAGAAGCUUUCUCGUCCUCUUCCUGAUGACGACAUUAUACCUGCGGAAUUGUACAGUACCAGAAACGAGGUCGAAAGGGCGAACAUGUCGAGACUUAAGAACCUUCCAGGAGAAUGUCAUACUUACCAUGCAAUUGAUGGAGGAAAUCUGAGGGAUCAAGAAACCAAAGAAAAGCUUCUUUCAAAUUUUCUGGCACCAAAAGAACUGAGGCUCAAGGUCGGCGCCCAAGUAAUGAUGAUAAAAAACAUAGAUGAUACGCUUGUCAAUGGGUCUCUUGGGAAAAUUAUUGAUUUUAUUGAUAAGGAUACUUACAUGUUCUAUGAAAGAGUUAGAAGCUACCCUGAUAUCGAUAUAGAAGAACUCGAGUUAAUGCGCCAAGGAAAAAUUCCAAUGGGUGAAAGCUCUGAGGAGGAGGAGAUGAACCAAAGAGUCAUUAGAAAGAAAACACUCAAGGAAUCCUUUUGUGGUACAGAUGCUGUAGUAACAGGAGAGAGAUUGGGUGAAAGCAUUUUUGAUUUCUUGCUGGCAAACUUUGAUAAAUUAAGUGCGAGCCAGAGGCUUAAUAUUGAGAGGAAAAAGAAGCUUUUGGAGGAAGUGCAAGCGAGCUCAAGCGGACGGAAGCUGCCUUUGGUUAGGUUUUUGACACCUGAUGGAACAUCACGAUGCGUACUUGUACAACCCGAAGACUGGGCGGUUGAAGACGAGCUACAAAAGCCGAUAGUCAGUAGGGUUCAGCUGCCCUUGAUGCUUGCUUGGGCUUUAUCAAUACAUAAGUCCCAAGGUCAAACCCUACCUAAAGUGAAAGUGGACCUCAGAAGAAUUUUUGAAAAAGGUCAAGCAUAUGUUGCUCUGUCUCGGGCGGUUUCAAGAGACGGGCUACAGGUCCUCAACUUUAACAAAGCAAAAGUCCAAGCUCAUGGUAGUGUUAUGGAAUUUUAUCAAACGCUGACUUCGGCGCAUGAGGCCAAAAAGCGGUUUUCGAGUACCAAAGGCAAGCAGCAAGCUCUUUACUUCCCUCAGCGGGCAGCGCAACCAGCCAAGAGGACGAACUCAAACACUAAAGAAGAGCGGCAGGACCGGAUCACUUCGAUGCUAAUGAGAAAAAAUAAAAGUUCGAUGGCUGACGCCAAGCUAAAGGAUACGGGCUUAAUGUCUUUUAGCUACCAAUCUGAUUUACAAUGUGAUCAAAACCAAAACUCAUAG